CUCACCACCUCAAUUCUAUCACAACCAAUGCAUGUCGAAUGCACACAUUCUAUAACAUGCCCAUUUUCAACACAAAUGCACACAAACAAUUAGAAACAUGGUAAAAGGUAAGUACUUGCCCAAGGAUGAAGUUUUAUUACAACACCCAAUUCUUGUUUUUGUGUUUCUGGUACUGGGCUUUAUUGUAAUGGAUCCGUUUGAGUUGAGUCCUGUUGGAGGACAUGACUUUAGGCCAGUCAAAAAUGAUAUUGCCUCGUAUGAGGAAGUUAUGGGGAAUUGGCCUAAAGACAAUCAUAGUCGACUGGCGCGGGGAGAUAAGGUGUUUGUGGAUGAGGUUUUUGGUCCGGAGUCUUUGGAGUUUGACAUUCAUGGGCGCGGCCCUUAUGCAGGGCUAGCGGAUGGUCGGAUUGUUAGAUGGAUGGGACAGGAUGGAGGGGGCUGGGAAACGUUUGCAUUUGUGUCGAGAAACUGGUCUAACGAGAUUUGUGCAAAAGGUGUUAACUCAACAACAUACAAGCAGUGGAAAUUCGAGAAACAAUGUGGCCGACCUCUUGGCCUGCGGUUUGAUAAAAGCAGUGGUGAUUUAUACAUAGCAGACGCCUAUUUUGGAGUGUUGGUUGUCGGGCCUAAAGGCGGAUACGCCACUCCUUUGGCUACCAAUGUUGCAGGGAAACCUAUCCUGUUUGCCAAUGACCUUGACAUCCAUCAUAACGGUUCUGUUUUCUUCACAGAUUCCAGCAAGAGAUACGACAGAGUGAAUCAUUUCUUUAUAAUGUUGGAAGGUGAAGCCACUGGUAGGCUUCUUAGAUAUGAUCCUCCUACAAAGACAACUCAUGUAGUGUUAGAUGGCUUGGCUUUCCCCAAUGGAGUACAAUUUUCCAGAGACCAUUCAUUUCUACUCUAUACUGAAACUACCAAUUGCAGGCUUAUGAAAUAUUGGCUUGAGGGUCCAAAAAAUGGCACUAGUGAAAUAAUGGCAAACCUGCCAGGAUUUCCGGACAACGUGAGGAUAAACGAAAAGGGUGAAUUUUGGGUGGCCAUAGAUUGUUGUCGAACACGGGCACAAGAAGUUUUGAUCAACAAUCCAUGGAUGAGGAGUGUGUACUUCAGGCUACCGGUUCAUAUGAGAUACUUGGCUAAAUGGGUUGGAAUGAAAAUGUAUUCUGUGGUGUCAAGGUUCAAUGAGAAAGGUGAAAUCUUGGAUGUUCUUGAAGAUAGGAAGGGUGCAGUGAUGAAGCUAGUGAGUGAAGUGAGGGAAGAAAAAGGGAAGCUCUGGAUUGGAACCGUGGCUCAUAAUCAUAUUGCUACACUUGCACUUGAAUCUCUACUUUAGUUCUUUGUUCUUUUUGUUUUUUAUUUGUUUCUGAAACGGUUUAGAUAGAAGUAACUUUGAUAAAACCCUUCAGGCCGGCUCAAGUUUUUACACCUCCUUGGUUAUUUCAAUUACUUCAUAUUUCUGUAUCAUUUUCUUUAUAUCUGUUUUGAAUAAUUACAUUAUACAGGACCAA